AUGCAGCUAACCUCACCUUCAAUUUCCUUCGAGACGCGAGUUGCCAGCCACGCCAAGUCUUUGGAAGAUGCCCGUGCUAGGGUGGCUGCCACAGACCAGGAUCUGGAGCACUUCAGGCAGCAGAAGAGAAGAACGCCGGAGGGAGGCCUGAGGCAGGAGGUGGGCUGCUUUGGCGUCGUCAUAUGUACUUCCUCUGUAUCAUAAGUCUGGUCUGUUAUGUGCGUGUAGUAGUAAAGAUACUUACACGUUGACGUUUAGCCUUUGGCUGGGUGCGUUAGAAAGGCAAGACAUAUGCAAAGCUGACUAAAAAAACAAAAACGAAGGCCGUUAUACACUAAAAUUAGGUCAAAAUAUGCCCAUUUUGGCCUACUUUGAGAUUUUUUUGAGAACGUUUUUGAGAAUUUUAGUGUGGACCCCAAAAUGUCUUGAAUUUAGUGUGUGGGUCACUAUCGAUAUGGUUUUAGUAUGGGGGACGUAUUGUGGAUGGAUGAGUCUAGGCGGGGUGAGCUUUAGGGUUGGGGAUAGUUCUUGGUUUUUUUGGGGGGGGUUAGGCUCAAUGCCCCACGUACCCCACCCCCCGGAAAAGGGCAAAAUAUGGCCGUUCUUGGGCCGACUC